AUGAAGUUGACGAACUUCCCUAUACUCAUUCCUGCCUUCACAGCUCAAAUCGCCAUAAAUGAUCCUCUAGUCAUCACCUCUAACCUCCUCAACAUCCCCUUUGUUCCCAAGGCGGGUACUCUCGUCUCUGAGCCGGGAUAUGAGCUUCCUCUAGAGGCGACGUUCAUCCAGGGCGGCGACUUUAUUCGGCGUGAUCCUGAUGGCCAAUGGGUCAAGCUUGAAGUAACAAGUGUUGCGCGUGAUACUUCUGGCUCCCUGUUGCGUUUUAGCUACAAUGGAGUCGUCAACAUGGCGGGAGAUGAGGGGAAAGUGAUUCGAGGAGAUACGAAUGCCACGACGACUGGCUUUGGAAACGCAUGUGAGUCACCGGGUUCUAUGACAUGGUUGUCGACCUGA